AUGUCGACUAACGAGGUGUUUUACCUCCGAUACUACUCAGGUCACUCUGGGCGGUUCGGGCAUGAGUUCCUAGAAUUCGAUUUCCGUACCCUAGCCGAUGGCAGCAGUGCCGCCGUGCGUUACGCGAAUAACUCCAACUACCGCAAUGACUCCCUCAUCCGCAAAGAAAUGUGUGUGAGCCCGGCCAUGAUCCAGGAGAUCAAGCGCAUCAUCAAGGAUAGUGAAAUCAUGAAGGAGGACGACUCCAAGUGGCCCCAGAAGAACAAGGACGGACGCCAGGAGCUGGAGAUCCGCCUUGGAAGUGAGCACAUCUCGUUUGAGACCGCGAAAAUUGGCUCCCUUGUGGAUGUCACUGAAUCGUCGGAUCCUGAAGGUCUACGAGUGUUUUAUUACCUCGUACAGGACUUGAAAGCCCUUAUUUUCUCGCUUAUUUCUCUCCACUUCAAGAUCAAGCCCAUCUAA